CGUCGAGGAAUGGCAGUCUCAAGAUAACCACAACGAAAACCAAUUCAUGAAUUCAUGCACGCACUCGUCCAGUGACCUUGCCACCUGAAGUGCGAGCAGGAGUCACAGCCAAAUAAUGGCCAUGCCCGGCUCGCUGCGCAGACCGGCGCAGCUCGCGGCCAGCGCCAUCGAGCUCCGCAGCCUCGGCAUCCGAGAGGCGAACUCCGCGAGACAUCCUCCUUUUUCUGGAGGCGGAAGGAGGGGGGGGGAGGAAGAAAGAACGAGUGGGGCCAGGAACUGGACCUCAGACGCUGGAGGCUGCUGCCCACGAGCUGGCCGCGUCGACUCCGCCGGCGGACGCCUCUUGACGCAACUGACUGGACAGCGGGCCGGCCUGCACGCGCCGGGCCUCGCGCCGAGCGGGUCGCGGCGAGCACGACGACACGAGCCGCGCUCGGGAGGCGGACAAAGACGGGUCCUGCGCGAGACGGCAUGGAAGGGGCACAGGGGCACACAAGUGAAUGCACGCCCGACAUGAGGGCAGGUGCAACGAUGCUCCCUCGCGCCACGCUGGCGCCCCGCUGGCGCCCCCUGCGGCGCCCGCUGGCAGCCCGCCCUCGCCUCGGCGGACCGGGCGAUCGGCGGCGGGACCGAGGCUGGGCCAGUCGGUGCUCUGGGCAUCGCUCGGACGUCCAUG